AUGGCACUGAGCCACUCUCCCCGCAAGGUCGUCCCCUUAGCUACUGGAGACGAUAUGAUUCCGCGGAUACGGGCGAAGUCGACUGUUCAAUCAAAUACGAAACGUGUUUUCUUUUGCGGAGUGGUAGUGGAAGGCUCAGACGGUGGGAGGGAGAUUGCUGAAGAUGUACAAGACCUCAUUGCGUCCCUCGGCGAGCCGUUUGAUCUUGAACUAGAAUCGGAGUCCGUGACAUCCUCAUCCACACCGGGAGCUAGCUUACACUUACCGACAGGUGCCCGUCGACGGACAACGACGAACUCGUCCGCAUUUGGCGAUAUCCUCAACGAGCUUGUAGCUACCGAACGAUCUUAUGUCAACCGUCUAAAGACUCUCAAGAAUGAUUACGCUGAUCCAUUACGAAUGUUUGCCCGGAGCAAAGAUACCGCUAUACUUCCACCCUAUGAGGCGAAGACGCUAUUCGGUAACAUUGACAACCUACUUCCAGUGAACGAGGCAUUUUUAGGAGAUCUAGAAAAGAUGAGUUUGCCAGGCGGCCCCGGUGUUGGGGAUGUGGCCCUCAAACAUUUCAAGCAGCUGAGAGGCUUUGAACACUACAAACAGUACUACUCUAAGCGCGAAGAAGCCCAAGCCAUAUUCGAGCGAGAAAUGAAGAAAUCUUCUGGUUUCGCUGCCUUUGUCGAGCGCAUCAAAUACUCGUCCACUGACACUAAGAAUCGUGUCGGUCUUCGAGAACUAUUGAUGGAGCCCGUCCAACGUAUACCGCGCUAUACGCUGAUGUUUCGUACCAUGAUCAAGCAUAUGGCUCCAGGCGAUCCCCAGCACGCAGCGCUGGUCGAGGCCGAUGAGAUUGCUUCUCGCAUUGCUCUCGCGGAAACCGACGAACAGACUAAGCGUGCCGCUAUCAUGUAUUGCCUCAGUUCCAGUAUAGACGACUUCCCUCCAGCGCUCGUGUCUCACGGCAGACGUUUCGUCGAUUGUAUUGAUGUCGAGGAUGUGCUCCUUGACGGUCCUGCAUCGUACGCCUCCGCCAACACUUCGAGCCAAAUGGGAGGGAACUUAUCAUGUACAUUGUUCUUGUUUGAUGAUAAACUUAUGAUUGUGAAGCGGCCUGGGAAUGGGGAGAAAAGUGGAAGAGCGCUCGCGGGGCUGGAUGACCCUGACAAGAUGGCCAAAGCGAGUGGACGGUCGUUUGGAAAGAAGAAGAGCGGACUAUCUUGCAAAGGUGUGGUCGAUGUGACGGAUGUUGUUGCUACCGAUAUUGGCGGAUCAGACUUUCAUGUGUAUUUCGAGACUGCGCCUUCUGAUCAGGGUGAUCGUUGGUCAGAUCGUCCUUUCCGCGCAUUCUCGACUGUCCGUUCUGGAUCCGCGGUUACUGCAGCUCAAAAAACGGAGGUAGACAAGACCCAAUUUCUUGAAAACUUGUGGGACGUACAGGCACGCUUUAAGACGAAGAAGGGACAAUCAGUCGUCUUGCGUGCACCAGAGCGAGAAGUGGAGAAUAAGGGGGGGAAGACAACAGUAGCCAGAACAUACUUCAAUGUAUACACGCGUAUGGCCUUCCUACAGGAAACGAAGAAGUCCAAAAUUGUUCUUCAUAUCGACCCUCUGGGCUCGGCAGAUCCUAUACCUUUCGGGAUACGUGGUCCACCCUUGGUCAUCGUAAGGGUACAACCUCUUGCUGGAGAGUUAUGCAGGUAUAAGGUCACGUCGGCCAUUCCGAGUGACGAUGAUGACGAAGAUAUCGUACAAACCGCGCGCGUGCCAGAGCGCAUCGUGCAUACUACUCAUCAGUAUGGUUUAUUCAAGUUCCACACUGGGAUCAACUCGGUACCGUCGACUCCGACAGCAAGUUCACGUUCGCGAGUCAACAUUUUUGGAUUGGAUGCUAUCUCACGCAACCUCUUCAAUGCGCGACCGGGAUCGGCCAUGGGUGACUUGUUCGGAGGCUCCACGAACAGCCAUAGACGUUCAAGAACCUACGCAAGUCGUACAUCCACCAUGACUGGUACCACGAGUAGCGGCGAUGGCAGUUUCUCUCGGUUCUCGAGGACAAACUCCACCCUUACUGCGGCAACAUCUAUCAUGGAUGACGAGUCGAUGAAGAUGUCGACAAGCAGUCGAAGGUCUCGGUCUUUAUCCCGAGCAAAGAAGCUCAUGAAGAGGGGCAAGUCUCCUCGAGGUGAAGGUUCAGUGAGCGAGCCAGACACAUCACCACAGAGGCUUGAGUCCAGCUUCUCGCGAUCACCGUCUAGAGAGCCUGAAGAUGAGGAUGGUGAUCUGCAACAACACCAUAUGGUAGGUAUGGACCCCUCCGAGCGUGAUUUAGCUUUGCGCCUAGAACUGGCGCGCCGCAAUAGCCAGAAUCAGAACGAGCAGAAGUUCCCUCCGCUAUCCUUGGAUCCGCCCCUAGAAGACACCAUUUAUGAAGAGGACCCGAACCCGUCACGACCGUUUUCCAGGUCUUCUCGCCGCGAAUUGCCUAAUAUACCUGCAGAUUCGCAGAGCCAGCGAUCCACGACACCUAGACUCGAGCCAAACACACCCACUAGAGCAUUCACACCAGAUAUGGGGCCUCGCACGCCCUCACCUUUACCGCCCACAAAUUCAUAUCUUAAUCCGGUAUUAGAUGGCUCAUCUGUCGAUGUGGAUCUUACAUUGGAAACGACACUGGUGGAUAUGGCACAACCUCCCGUAACGCCCAUUCGUUCUCCCAUUCCCCGUAGUAAACGCCAGCCUUUUGAACCAGCAGAGAAUCUUGAUUCGACUCCCAAGGCGAAUGAAGCAUCGAGACCACCCAGUAUCGUAGAGCCGUUAUCUAUCAAGAAGAAGAUCUCAGUGCGGAGUAAUACCAGCACGAUCACCACUUCUCCGACGUUCUCGAAGAAGGCUUCUUACUCCCCGCGUAUUUCUCCGAAAGGCAAAGUGAUUUCACGCAACGGUUCCCCUCGUAGGGCUGCUGCUCAGACUCGUAGCUCACGCAUACCGGUUCCCCAGACCAACGUAAUUACUGACACAAGCAAAGACAUUCACUUGGUCAGACUCGUGGAGACCACAAAACAAGAUCUGGAGUCAUGUCGACGCACUAUCAAACGGAUACGACUGGAAGCUGACAGAAUCUCUUCUGCUGUCCCUGCAUCUACUGAUAUGACCGAGCGCCCUGCUUCACCGUUCAAGGGAAUGCGGAUGCCGCAAACCGCUGCUCAACCAUUGACUAGGGAAGCCCAGGCUCGUAUGGAGGAAUUGCGGCAACUGAUUGGUAGGCGAAACGGUGAGAGUACAAGAAUCACCCGACCGCAGAGCCUUUACAGCCCAUCCGGAAGUUCUUCUUCUUUGUCGUGGCAUUCGAAUACGCCUCCUAAAAUGAAUGAGAUCUCGCGCUCAAUUGAAGAUCUCGUUGAUCAGGCUGACAGCGAUCUGGAAAAGGCGAUCGCAAGCCAUGAAACCCUUCAAGCAGGUAUGCAGACGAUUGAUACUCAGCUGAAAGACACAUCGACAGAACUCGAACGCACUAAUAACGAGCUACAGAGCGCCAAGCGUCAGUGUACCCUGGUCAAAGACCUCCUCGCCGAUUGCACAUCCGAGCAAGAAAUCCUGUACAAGGCCUUUAAUGAGGAAUUGGAUGGGAUGUUCAAUGACGCCACUCUUCCCGAAGAUGAGGCUUGGGCUGCCAUGACGAAAGAUCUGCGGAAAAGUAAGGAGGCUCGCAAUGCAUUGUCUCUGGAGAAUUCGCGACUCAAGCGUCGCUUAGUAGAGCUUGAAAUGCAAAAUAAAGAGUGGGGUGCGCUGCUUCGAGCACAUGGACUUAUACCUUGA